CAGAGAGGGCGUGUCCAUCGUCCCACCGGACGAUCCAGUCGGUCUCCUCUCGUGAGAAUCGAUACGCCCUAGAGGACCGGAGCGGCGUGGGUGGGGGCGUGUUCCGCGGUCCCUCGGAGCCCGCGCACGCCGCGCCCCGCCCCCUCAGCACGCAGGCUCCGCGCGAGCUCGCGCACGCGCGCGCGCGCGCUCUUCAGGGCCUCACUCUGGCCAGCGGGGACCGACGGGCGGAGGCUGGGCUGCUGAAGUACGAGGGGCGGAGCCCGGGCCGCCGCCGCCGCCGCCGCCGCCGCCGCCGCCGCCGCCGCCGCCGCCGCCGCCGCCGCCGCCGCCGCCGCCGCCGCCGCCGCCGCCGCCGCCGCCGCCGCCGUCGCCACUGCCGUCGCCGCCGCUGCCACCAGAGAGGAGCAUGUCUGCAACUCGAGCCAAGAAAGUGAAGAUGGCCACCAAAUCAUGCCCCGAGUGCGACCAACAGGUUCCUGUUGCAUGUAAAUCAUGUCCCUGUGGUUACAUAUUUAUUAGCAGAAAACUUUUAAAUGCAAAACACCCAGAAAAAUCACCAUCUUCUACAGAAAACAAGCAUGAGGCCAAGAGGAGGCGAACAGAGAGAGUUAGGCGAGAGAAGAUAAAUUCUACAGUAAAUAAGGAUUUAGAAAACAGAAAGAGGUCUCGAAGUAACAGCCAUUCAGAUCAUAUCAGACGAGGAAGAGGAAGACCUAAAAGUGCAUCUGCCAAAAAACAUGAGGAAGAAAGAGGGAAGGUCCUUCAAGUGUUCAGAGAAAAUAAUCAAAGUGGUACAGUGGAAUACUACCCAGCAAGGAACAAACUACUCAUGUAUGAACAACAUCAGUGAAUUUCAAAAACAUGUUGAAUGAAAGAAGCUAGACACAAAACAAGAAACAGGAAAAGGAAAUUGACAUCUAUGCUAACCUCUCUGAUGAAAAGGCUUUCGUGUUUUCAGUCGCCUUGGCAGAAAUAAAUAGAAAAAUUAUUAAUCAAAGACUUAUUCUCUGAUAUUUGUCUGCAAAAUGUGUUGAAACUUUCUUCAGGAUUACAUCAGCAAAUUCUCAAACAGUUAUGAACUCCCAGGAGCAUUCUGACUGCAUCAAUAAGGGCCAUUGAUUGUUUUUUUUUCUUUAUCAUUUAGCCUGUGGCACACUUUGGGAGCAAAGCUGCAGGCUUGGACUGUUCUGGGAUUUCCUUGUUUACCAAGGAGUAUUGUCAGUGUUUUGUGUUUGGGAUAUAGUGUAUUAACCCCCACCCCCCACUGAAAAAAAGAAAAAAUGCUGGAUGGCUUUUACAAGAUUAAGGGGUAGGGUUGGGAGUGGAAGUAAGGAAACUAGAGAAAUAAAAUGAUAGUUUGCAGGUUUGCCACCAGAGAUGCAAUAUUUUAAAUACUUUGAGAAAGAGUGACUUUUAAAAAUAUAUAUUUCAGAUUUUCAGCACUAACAUUGCAUAUUUGCAGUUCAUUUCGUAAAUUGGCAAUUGAUAUUUUAUUGAAUGGGGAAUUAAUAAUAUAGACUGUAAAUUUUGUCUUAAAUUGAUUUUUUUCUUGGCCUUUAUUUUUAUAACUUAAGGUAUGAGUUAUAUUUUAGAAGCUACUUUCUAGUUUGGAAGUUUGGGUGCUAUAUGAAGAAAAACAUUUAAGGAUAUAUCAUACUUCAGAUAUAAACACCUUGUUUUCUUGAAUGUAAUUUAUUUAUUAAUUAAAAAAAAUACUUUUUUGCUCUCAAGAUGGUGCCUGUUAACCUAAACAUAAAAUAUAUUUAUUACAUGCAAAAUAUUUCUUAGAUAGCCACUUUGAAGCAGUAAUGUUCUUUCUGAAUGGAUGUUCAUUUAUACAUCCUGAAAAUUAUUUAAAUUGUUACUUAACCUCACUCUGGAGGAAAAAAAUAAACCUUAAUAUUGAAACUAAUAGAUUAAAUAGUUUGGUAUAAGCUUUUUGUUCUAGUGAAGUUUUGUGAACUGUAUUUAAAUUAUUAAUUUUCUAGUGUUAAAUGAUAAUUGUUUAUAUUUGAUUUGUUUUAUAUAAAUGCUUUUGCAUUUUUGUAUAUCGAUUUAAUGCUUAACAUAUUCAAACUUGAUAAUGACUUCCCUUAUUUUAAGUGGACUGUGGCCUCCCCGCACCCCCCCUCCCCCAUCUGUUUGGAAGUCCUGAAGCCUUAUUAGGGAAUGUAGGCAGCAGUUAGACUUAGCCCUUACUUAAGAGAACUUUCCUUUUUAAUUUCAACAACAGCAUUGUCAGCUUCAGAGUGCAUCUCCCAUUACCUCCCAGAAGAAAAGAGGUUUACCUUUUUUUCUACUUUAUUUAAAUGGUAGCCAGCAGAGGGAGCUUAAGAGGUUCUCUAGGUAGGAUGUAGGAUUUUUCCUAAGAAUUCCUUUUCCCUCAAUCCCCAUAUUUACCUGCAAGUACUACUACAAUUAUCUUGUAUGCAUUUUAAAGCCCUAGUAAUAAAGUUUAUUCCCAGAAAUGUUAAUGUGAUUUUAUCUAUGAAAUAUAAGAAAAGUUUAAAUUUUGAGAAAAAAACUUAAGAUUAAUAUCUAAAAAUCCUUGUGAACUUAAUAUAGGCAUACCUCCAAAAUAUUGUGGGUUCAGAUUCAGACCCCUGCAAUAAAGCAAAUAUUGCAGUAAAGCAAGUCACAUGAAUUUUUUGGUUUCCCAGUGCAUAUAAAUGUUAUGUUUAUACUGUACUGUAGUUUUUUCAGUGUGCAAUAGCAGUAUGUCUUUAAAAAAUGUAUAUACCUUAAUUUAAAAAAUACUUAAUUGCUAAAAACUGCUACCCAUCAUCUGAGCCUUCAGCAAGUCAUAAUCUUUGCUGGUGGAGGGUCUUACAUUGAUGUUGAUGCUGCUGACUGAUCAGGGUGAAGGCUGGGGUGGCCGUGGCAAUUUCUAAAAAUAAGACAACAAUGAAGUCUGCCUCAGCGACUGGCUCUUGCUUUCAUAAAUGAUUUCUUGGUAGCAUGUGCUGCUGUUUGGUACCAUUUUACCCAUAGUAGGACUUCUUUCAAAAUUGGAGUCAGUCCUCUCAAACCCUGCCCUACUUUAUCAACUGAGUUUAUGUAAUAUUCUGAAUCCUGUGUUGUGAUUUCAACAAUCUUCACAGCAUCUUCACUAGGGGUAGAGGCCAUCUCAAGAAACCACUUUCUUUACUCAUUCAUACAAAGCAUCUGUUAAAGUUAGAUCAUGACAUUGUAGCAAUUUAGUCAGAUCUUUAGCCUCCAUUUCUGAUUCCAGUUCUCUUGCUAGUUCCACCACAUCUUUGGUUACUUCCUCCACUGAAGUCUUGAACCCCUGAAGGUCAUCCAUGAGGGUUGGAAUCAACUUCUUCCAAACUCCUGUGUAUGUUGAUAUUUUGGCCUCUUUCCAUGAAUCACAAAUGUUCUUAAUGGCUUCUAGAAUGGUGAAUCCUUUCUAGAAGGUUUUCGAUUUACCCAGAUCCAUCAGAGGAAUCACCUGUUUAUGGCAGCUAUAGCCUUUGAAAUGUAUUUCUUAAAUAAUAAGGCUUGAAAGUUGAAACUACUCCUUUAUCCAUGGCCUGCAGAAUGGAUGUUAUGUUAGCAGGCACAAAAACAAUAUUAAUCUUGCUUGUACAUUGCCAGAGCUCUUGGGUGACCAAGGUGUGUUGUCAAUGAACGUUAGUACUUUGAAAGGAAUCUUAUUCUGAGGAGUAGUUCUCAAGAGUGGGCUCUAAAUAGUAAACCAUGUUGUAAACAGAUGUGCUGUUAUCCCGGCUUUGUUUUUCCAUUUAUAGAGCACAGGCAGAGUAAAUUUACCAUAAUUUUAAAGGGUCCUAAGGUUUUCAGAAUGGUAAAUGAGCAUUGGCUUCAACUUAAAGUCACCUACUACAUUAACUCCUAACAAGAGAGACUGUCCUUUGAACCUUUGAUGGCAGGCAUUGACUUCUCUCUAGCAUGGAAGUCCUAGAUGGCAUCUUCCAAUAUAAGGCUGUUUUGUCUACAUUGAAAAUCUGUUGUUUAAUGUAGCCAUCUUCAUUAAUUAGACCUUCUGGAUAACCUGUUACAGCUUCUGCAUCAGCACAUGCUGCUUGCAUUUUUAUUUUAUGGAGACAGCUUCUUUCCAUAAACCUCAUGAAACAACUUCUACCUUCAAACUUUCUUCUGGAGCUCCCUCACCUCUUGGCCUUCAUAGAAUUGCAGAGAGUUAGGGCCUUGCUCUGGAUUAUGUUUUGGCUAAAUGUUGUGGCUGGUUUGAUCUUCUGUCCAUAUGGAAGAUCUUCAUAUCAGCCUCCAUAAGGCUGUUUCUCAUCAUUUAUGUGUUCACUGGAGUAGCACUUUUAAUUUCCUUCAAGAAGUUUUCCUUUGCAUUCACAACUUGGCUAACUGGUGCAAGAGGCUUAGCUUUCAGCCUGUCUUGAUUUUCGACAUGCUUUUCUCACCGAGCUUAAUCAUUUCUAGCUUUUGAUAUAAAGUGAGAGAUGUGACUUCCUUUCACUUGAACACUUAGAGUCCAUUUAGAGGUAUUAAUUGACCUAAUUUCAACAUUGUUGUGUCCCAGAAUAGGGAGGCCAGGGGAGAGGGAGGAAGACACGGAAUGUCUGGUGGCGGAGCAGUCAGAAUACACAUAUUUAUUAAGGUUGUUAUGUUGGCACAGUUCAUGGCACCCCAAAAUAAUGAUAAUAGUAACAGCAAAGUUCACUGAUUGCAGUUCACCAUAACAAAUAUAAAAAUAAUGGGAAAGUUCAAAAUAUUGUGAGAAUUACCAGAAAUGACACAGAGACACAAAGUGAGCAAAUGAUGUUGUAAAAAUUGCACCUAUAGACUUGCUUGAUGUAGGGUUGCCACAAGCCUUCAAUUGUUUAAAAAAAAAAAAAAAAAAAAAAGGAAGUAUCUGCGAAGCUCAAUAAAAUGAAGUAUGCCUAUGCCUAUGGAGGUCCCCAGGAAAGGCAAGAACAGCUUAUGGAGUAGGCAUCUCUUUAAGAAUUAUUGAUGUCAGAGUCAUUCCAUUUAAAGCUGAAGACCCUUAGAAGAAAGUCAUGUUAAAAUAGUCAUUGGAUACAAUAAGGGAGGAGACUGGUGACCAGGCUAGAGUUUGCCACUUAGAAAUGUAAUUGUUUCAGAUGUUCAAAUCAUUGGCUUAUUUUAAAAGUUCUUUGACAGAGGGGCAAACUAGUCUUCCCCUGUUAUGUGAUGUAACCUAUUUAAUCAAUUUCUCUAAAAAUCAUAUUUGCUGAUAAAUAUGUAUAUAAGCUAACUCUUUGUAAAGCUGAAUUUGUCUAUGUAUGUUGUAGUGGUCUCAGGAAAUAGUACUUUGUCACUGGUGUUGAAGAAACCUUUCUUGUCAGCAGAUGUCCUAAAAGCAUAAUUAUAGUAAUUUAAUUAGAUAA